UCCAUGAAACCUUCAGUUGCAAGUCUCGAGAUGAACGGAACACAAAGGACGUCAUUUUUAUAUCGCGAAUCGAGUGAUUUUAGCAUUAAAAGAAUUCUCUCCAAAAAUGUCUUUCCGUCUUCUUACGUGGCCUUCUCUGAUCCUAAAACAUCUCAUUUACUUCCUGAACAAAUUUGCAUCAGCUUAAUCAAUCAAAGUAGCGUGCUAUAUUCUUUGCCGUCUUUAAAUGUUCAAAAUAAAUUCGAUUUGUUAAAGAGCUUUUGUCACACGCAGUUAUCAAACCCAGAACUUCAUAUCAAUCUACCAAUGCCUGACAAAAUACUUGUUAAAAGUAACCAAACAGUUAAACGAUUUGCAAAAUCAAAUUCGGAAAACUUAAAUGGCGAACUCUCAUGGUUACGGUGCACAAGAUUUUGUCCACCGAAAUUGCCAAAGUCUAAUGCCGGCAAAACAUUAAAAAGAAAGCCUGGAUCUCAUCCAAGAAUACCAUUUACCAAACAUCAACUAAACGUACUAGAAAAUAAAUACAAAGGAAACGCUUAUUUAUCAAGAAAGGAUGCCUUACACCUGUCAAAUAUACUAAACCUUCAACAAAAUAGAAUAAAAAUUUGGUUUCAAAAUCGACGUGCUAGAGAAAGAAGAGAAUAUCGGAUCUUACAGCAAACGCAAAAUAAAAUAUCUAUGUAAUAGUAAUUUAUGACUUAUUACAAUAUUUAUAAUUCUAAAGAUAAUUUAAUUUUCGGAACAGAAAUUUAAUAUUUAACAUAAAUAACAGUAUUAUACAGAAGUAAGCAUGUUAUGAAAUUUAAAUAAUUAGUAAUUAAAAUUUUAUAAUUAAAUAUUUAUA